CAGACUUUGUAUAGCAUUCAAUACACACCGUUUCGCCACAUCUCUGUUUCUUUUUUGUAUGUCUCUGCCUCCACUUUGGCUCUCACAGUAUAACAAAAUUCGCGUUUCAUCAAUUCGUGGUUUCUCGUUAUUCAUAUUUCUCUCGUGUGUUAAAUUAUUUUUAAAUAUUUUGUUGCUUUAUCCGCUUCACUUUAUUUUUCCUUCGUUUUUUAUUCGCUAAUGUUAGUGGUGUCAUGUCACAAAAAUACAUUUGAAACGUUGAGUCUACCUGAAACAGUGGAAUUGCUCCGCAAUCAAAAUCUUCUUCGUCUCGUAGUGCAUCCAUAGACGUAGACUGGGUCAAAUUCUAUACUAUUAUCAGAAAGAAAAAUGAACAUUGAUCGAAUGGAAAUAGUUAACGAUACUAAUGAAAUGGAUGAGGCCAAAGAGGCGCGACCCAUUCAAAUCGUCACAACGGAAGAUGAUCACACAUUUGUGUUGGAUGAAGAUACCCUGGCAGAGGUUCUGUUGCAAGAUCAUAUCAAAGACAGAUUUGUUGUCGUCGUUUCGGUAGCCGGAGCAUUUCGCAAGGGAAAGAGUUUUUUACUUGAUUUCUUCCUGCGAUAUUUGUACGCUCGGUACGAGAAAAAGGAUGUCACCGACUGGAUCGGAAAGGAAAAUGAACCGUUGCAUGGAUUUUCAUGGCGAGGCGGUUCCGAACGUGAUACGACCGGUAUAUUGAUGUGGUCCGAUAUCUUCACAUGGGACUAUAAAAAUGGUGAUAAAAUUGCAAUCAUCCUGUUGGACACACAGGGUACAUUCGAUAGCGAAAGCACUGUACGCGAUUGUGCAACGAUUUUCGCAUUGAGCACCAUGGUAUCGUCCGUUCAAUGCUAUAAUCUAUUCCAUAACAUCCAAGAGGAUGAUUUACAACAUUUGAAUUUGUUCACCGAAUACGGACGAUUGGCCCUGGAAGAAAAUGGUAAAACGCCGUUCCAACGAUUGCAAUUCAUUGUGCGAGAUUGGAGUUUUCCAUAUGAAGCGGAAUAUGGAUCGGUUGGUGGUCAACGUGUGCUGACACGACGCCUUGAGGUUUCAUCAAAACAAGCACCUGAACUGCAAACACUGCGAAAACAAAUCACAUCUUGCUUCUCAGAAAUUGCAUGCUAUUUGAUGCCACAUCCAGGACUCGUAGUUGCCAGCAAUCCAACGUUUGACGGUCGAUUGAGUGACAUUACACCGGAAUUUAAAACUAGUCUCAAAACACUGGUUCCAAUGUUGCUCGCCCCCGAAAAUCUUAUUGUCAAACAAAUUAACGGGCAAAGAGUCUGCGCCGGUGAUUUAAUUCAAUAUUUCAAAGCGUAUAUGGCAAUCUAUAAGGGAAACGAAUUGCCGCACCCGAAGAGUGUUCUUCUGGCCACCGCUGAAGCCAAUAAUCUUGCCGCCGUUGCAAAUGCAAAAUCCGUGUACACCCAGUUGAUGGAAGAUAUUUGCGGCGGUUCACAACCAUACCUAAGCGAAGGCCACCUCGAAGCUGAACACUUACGUAUAAGGGAUAAAGCAAUAUUUCAAUUUACUUCAAAGCGGAAAUUGGGUGGCGAAGAAUUUUGUCAACAAUAUUUGGAUCAAUUGGAAAAGGACUUGGAGGAGCAGUACAUCAGUUAUAAGGCACAAAAUGAAAGCAAAAAUAUAUUUAAGGCAGCACGAACCCCGGCCGUUUAUUUAACAAUCGCCAUCUUUUUUUACAUACUCAGCGGUGUAUUUGGCCUAUUUGGUAUUUACACAUUUGCCAACUUUAGUAAUUUGCUCAUGGGCAUUGCACUGCUUACACUUACACUAUGGGCUUAUAUUCGGUACAGCGGGAACUUGAGAGAUAUUGGUGGAUCAAUCGACGAUCUAGCCGAUAUGACAUGGGAAAGCUUCCUCAAGCCAAUUUACAAGGGAUGCAUGGAAAAGGGAAUUCAACAAGUGUCAAUACAAGUGGCUGAGAAUGCGUUGGGCCCAACGUCAUAUUCAUCGAAAAAGACGGCGCAACAAAAUGGCAAAGUGCGCAAACGAUCAUGAGAUUGCGCCAAUCCAAUUUCAGCUAUUCUCAAUAAAUGUAAAUACAGAGCACAAGCAUACAACCGAAAUAUAAACAAUAAUAACAGUUCAAACGUGUCAUUGUAAGGCCCAAUCAUUGAUUACGUUGAUUGCGCUGGUGUCUCUCUAAAGGAUGGAAUGAAAAUAAGAACAAGAAGAAGAAGAAAAAAACAACAAGAAACACAUUUUUGUUAAAGUCUGUGCCUAAAAACAAAUCAAUAAUUUUAAGUCCAAGUAAAUUCAGAAGCAAAAAAAAACACAAUAAGAAGAAAACACAAAUAAUAAUCAAGAGAGAGAAAAAGAAAUGGUAGAUCUGCGAGAAUAACAUUAUUUUCUUAAGUAAUAUAAAUUACAAAAGCAAAAAACAUGCUUCCGAUUUUAGAACAGAAUAAAAUGGAAAUUUCCGUGGAAAUUCGAUUUGUGCGACAGCAUCGAUGAAGAUUUUGUCAAUUUGUAAUCAUUUUGUGAAAUGAAACAUCAACGUCUACGUAAAUGUCUUCAAUUAUAUGUACUAAUUUUAGAUGAGUUUUUUUUUCUUGGUAGCUGCCCAUCAUUGCGGCGGCGUCAACCAAACGUUGCAGGGAAUCCAAUUCGCAAAUAUGUUUUCCACUAGAUGGUACAUACGUUCAACAACCAUUGAACAUUGAAACGAAAAGACGUGACCCAAUUGGAUUUCCUGCAAGUUUUUUUUUAAUAAGUCAGUGCUCCUUGGAUGUAAAUUUUAAAAACCGCUACCCCGUCGAAUGGAGAUUCAUUUGUGGCUGUCCAAAUUUUAACAAUAAAUUCAAUCUUUUCUCGACUAAGAACAAAACAUAGUAUGCGAAUUUCAGAAUCCAAAUAAUAUGGUGGUGCUUUUUUCGAAAUUGAACAAAAAAAAAGAAGAAAAAAAUAGUCUCAAUUUUAUUUUAAUCGAACAUAGUUACAUAUACAUCCAGUUCGAUUUAUUUUCUAUUAUACAAAUUAACAAUAUAUUGUUUUUGGUAUCACGAUUUUCGGUCCCAUCGAAGCUCAAAACCACUUUGAGCUCAAUGAAAUAAUCUAUAUGAAAUGUAUUUUACGAUGCAUUGAUGCACUGUAAGCCAAGCAUCAGUCAAGUCAUAAAAGGUUUCGAGAAAUUCGUAUUGAAUCAUUUAAUUGGGAGAAUAAAAAUAAAUGCAAUUGCAAAAGACAUAGCCUAGCGAAAUGAACAGUAAUUUGAAAUAAAGUUUUUUCUCCAUUAAAUUCAACACUUCCACUGACGGCUCGAUCUCCUCGAUUAGAAAGUUCUUGUAAUUAUACGUAAAGCCAUUUGUUUACAGUACGAUUGGAUGCAAUUUAUGACCAACAUUUUUGCAUGAACCAUAAUUGAAUGGGUCAUGUCCAUUGCUCAUGAAUGGGGUGUUACAUAAUCAAAUCGAAACAAUUAUAUCCAUUAGAAGUUAUGAUCAACCGCACUGUAAAUGAUGACUUUUAACUUGAAAUCAAUCAAAACAAACUUCUUAACUUUUCGGUGAAGGUAUAAGAAAAAGAGCACUUUGUUGUUUAAAACACUCUCUAAUAUGUCGUUAAAUUAAUAAUAACAAUUUAGUUGGCAUAUCAUUGUUAAAACGUAAAAAAAAGAAGAAAAAAAAACGAAAAUAAAUUAAACAUUUUUUCUAAAUAAGUGACCCGAAUUACGUUGUUCUUUUUUCCAUACGACUUUUCCCCUUCUAUUCUUAUCAAAUCGAGAAUUCAUUGACUGAAGUUGAUGUUCAUAAGCUGUGUGAAAUUCCAUUCAAGAAAUUACGCAUUGUGAAUGCAAUGUCGUCUCUCCAUUGGAAUAUUCUCUUGAGCCUUUUCUAGAAGAUCACGCGCAUUCUAUUCCACUUGAAAUUCUUUAUCGAUUUUGUUAUUCAAGCAAUAAACCUCAAUUAUACCAUGAGGUUGAUAAGAGGGUUCUAGUAUACAAAUUUUCAUCAUGAUAUUCGCGAAUGAAUGUGAAUUGCAUUGUAUUCAGUUGUUUUGUUGGUGCGUGUAUCGAAUUGAGACGGAGUUCAUGCCAUCCAAUUCAUUGGCUCAAUGGGAAUGAGUAAGCGCACGCGAUGGUGUGCAUCAUAACACUUAUCCAUUUGUGUGUGAAAAUUGGCAUGACGGAACGCGAAAAUAUUUGGGAGUUAACCAAACACACACUGCAUCACAUCAAUAGACCGUAUUUCUCCAUCCAAUCAUUUUCUGCUUGCGCAGUCCGGCACUAUAUAUUCUUAUGAUGUGGUACACAAGAGGUCAGACAAGUAUUGACUUUUAACCGAAUCACUACUCGAAACAAGUAAUCGCUCUCCGUUUCAACCUAUUCUCGAGAAUACCCAGUAUCUGUCGACAAAGAAAUACACUUUUUUCUGGAUCAACAUGCCUUGUGAUUGUUGCAAAGGUUGCAAAUGUGCCACAGAAAAGUGCGGUGCCGAGUGUAAAUGUGAAAACUGCUGCUGCAAAUCGGGCAACAAGGAAACUUGCUGCUGCUGCUCAAAACAACCAGCAAAAUAGAUGUGAAAAAAAACGUCAGCACCCACAGCGGCGUUCGUGCUAUUGCCACAAAUCUGCGCGAAAACAACCACAUAAAUGCGAUUUAUUAAAAUGUCAAUAGCGCAAUCAUUUUGCAAAUAAAGCUUUCUUCAUUGCUUAA